AGUGCGAGCGGCUACCCGGCUUCCCUAGCUGGUCACCCGCUGGCCGAGGAAAGAGGCAGCAUCAUGAGCCACGUCGUGACCAUGGAGGAGACCCAGACCCACCGCCAAGAGUCACAGCAGCAGGGCGGGGAGAGGUCGAGGGCCGGGGUCUCUUUGUCCAGUCGAGCAUACGAUUUCCUGUACGAUCCAUUGUUUAUUGUGUCAAGUGAGAAAGACCACAGACAGGCAAACAUCCAAGCCACCCUGGUUCGAAGUAGACUGAGAAAGGUUCCCAGGUUCACCACUAUGUUCAGUAACCUGGUACAUUAUCCAAGAUACUCUCUGUACUGGAGCAGGGCGGAUCCGGUCCCACCCUUCAUCAGCCGGGAAUGGAAGGGACAUGCGGAGAAACAGAAGGAAGCCCUCCAGCAGCUGGCCUCAACUGACACUUCCUUCCAGAUGCCUGAAGAAAUUGUUGAGGAUCCUGACGUCACUGGAAAGAAUCGCUGUAAAUACUUUGACAGGCCUUUCCUCCCAUUUGUUCAACAGAUGCCACUCAACAUUCUUUUUGCAGCAACCAAGACGGAACCAUAUGUUUUUCCUGCUGCUUCUAAGUACCCACCCGUUCCUUCAAAGUCUACUGUGGGCACUCAGACUGAUUAUCGGGAUGCUGAUGUUCAAACCGACCCAUACUCUCCGGAGUAUGUGGUGUGUCAGAACACUAUCCCUGAGCUCCUGACCCUGGCUACGUUGACUUGGGGUCGCGGUCUCCCAGCAGGACUGGCUGAGGUGGAAAUGAUAGAACGAGCCCGGGAAAAGCGUGCCUGGGAAGCCACUCUUCCCCCUCUGAAUGACAUCUCCCAGUUGGAGAAGAGGAGGAAGAUGAUGAACACAAUGGAGAGGAAAGAGUGGGCCUUCAGAGAGCAGGAGAUUGAAAAACUUCAGGAACUUCGCCUGGAAAUUUUAAAAGAGCUGCUGAAGCAACGUGACGGGAACCAAAAUGAAUUGAACGCGAAGCACUUGGAUGCGCGGUGGUGUGAACUGCAGGAGGCAAAAGAGGCAAAAGUGGCCCAAAUCCAGCGCACACAUGUCGCAACAAUCAGAAAGCUUGUGAGAAAGAGGAAAAAUAUAGAAGGGAAGUUGGAGAGGAGAGAUAUCAUCCAGGAAUAUUCUGAUCAUGCCUCGCAGGUCUAUGGGCCUCUGUCUCGCCUUGGUCGUUUCCCGGACAACAACUCAGAGGACUUUGUAGUAAAAAAUCACUAUCUGAACACUUAUGAAGGUUUAGUUGAACUUGAAUCGUGUCUCCCAAAGUUUGUGACACAACUGGUAAUCAAACCUCCAAAACCAAAAGUCAUUACCACCAAAGCAGGCUUCCUGAAGAGGACAGUAAGGAUGGACUAUGAGUUGGCAGAGGUCCAUAAGGCCUUGUUGGAUGAGAAGAAUAAAGUUCUUGAAGCAAAGAAACCUCUACGCUUCCUUCAGAGAAAGCCCAUACCUGAGCCUCGGCUGCCGACCCCAAGCUUGACAAUGACUUCCAAUGAAGAAGAAGACAUAGAAAUGGCUGUGAUCUACCUUCAGAGGUUACUGCGUGGCAGAGUCGUCCAGAACAUGAUGUUUGAGGGGAAAGAAAAGCGAUUGGAGUUGAUCCAGGAGCUGCGCACCAGCCAUGCGCUACAAGAAGACGAGAAGCUGCUGAAAAAAGCCGAGAAGCAAGUGACCCUGGCCUUGCAGCGGCAGAGGAACUUACACGAGCACAAGGUGUCACAGAUUGAAAACCACUUGGCUGGCCUGGAAGGAAGGGUGCUGGCAGACAUGCUUGACUUCCUGUCCAAAGAACUUGUGCGACUACAGGAGGAGAGGCGGAUCCACGCCUUUGCCAUGCUGGCCGAGCGCCAGCGCCGGAUACGGGAAGCCGAGGAGAGUGGCAGGCGCCAGGUGGAGCACUGGCGGCUGCAGGAGGAGGACCAGAUAUUUAAGGAGGUGAUUAAAGUUCACCGAAGUACUGUAACCUCCUAUCUGGAAGACAUAAUAUUGAAUACUGAAGAGAAUACUGCUGAAGAACAAGCCCGAGCAGAAAUAGAAAAGAUGGCAGAGGAAAUCAAUGACAUCGCUUAUGAGAUGGAAAGCCGACGAACUCAUCUUCAGUCGGAGGAGAUUGUUGCCGAGUUGGUUUAUAGUUUUCUGAUCCCAGAGGUGCAAAAGGACUUCAUCAAAGAGAAAGUGAGGAAUGCGCAGCGGAAGCACAUUCUCGCAGCCCAUCAGAUCCUCCACGGGCACACCGAAGCCAUGCUCCAGCAGAGCUUUGCUGAGCCACAGGAAGGUGAGCGCUCAGAUCCUGACGAGGCGAUUGAAGAGGGAACUCAGAAUGAGAACGACAGCUAAGCAUUUCACAUCUUGAAAUAAGUAUGAAGGAAAUUUUCGAACUUUAAAAUCCAUUUAACUGUGCAAUGGAGGCAAGUCCACCUAAUUCUCAAUUGACAGUGACUAAUCAGCCUUGUAACACCGUGCUAAAUGGCAAAUAUCAAGAAAAGACUCUAAUAGAAUUCCACAAAUGCCUUCCAGGCAAUAAAUAUGCACAAUUAAAGACAUGUGCUCAUAGACUGACGUGA